CGAAGGGGACAUAACACCAGCUCAACAAACGGGACAAUUUCAGCAAAAACUCUUAGUUCAUUGGAUAUAAAAAUGAGUUAUUCAGCAGGGUUCAACAUGGAAGACAUCAUUAAAGUGAAAGCAGGUGGAGGCACGCAGGACCCCAAAAUUGAACAGCUGAAGAGCGAACUUGCGAGGCUGCAACAAGGCAAAACAAUCCUGGAAGAAGAAAUUAUGGAGAGGAAAUCAGUCAGUGAGUGUCUGCAGAAGGAGCUGGCUACACUGCAAACAGAGGCCUACCACCUGGAGAGGACCCGUCAAGAAAAGAAAGAAUUGUCACAGAAGCUGCAGUUCCAGUGCGAGGAAUCCAAGCGCGAGUCUGUCAGUCUUGCCGAGCAGAACAGGAAGAGCGAAGAACUCUUGGCGCAGCACCGUUGUGAAAUCCAGGAGCUGAAGCUCAAACGGCGCAAGUUACGGAUGAAGUUUGAGAAUCAACUCCAUCAACUGAUUGAGCUGCACAAGCAACUGCACGCCAUCAUUAAAGAUUCCCAGCCGAAACAUUGAAGCAGAGCAUUGACUCAAGAAUGUGAGACGUUAGAUCGCCUGACGACAUAAACCGGGAGGAGUUAAAAGUGCUCGUUUACCGGUACUUUAAUGGAAGAAGAAAGACAAAGAAAAAAAGAGUAUUUUCCUCCGUUUGUCCCAUGUUGACCCACGGUAACUGUCAAAUGUUCCCCUGGUAAAUCUAUGGGAUUUCCCCCCACACUUCAUUUUGUGUUUCAAGCCUGUUUCACGUGCAAUGUUGUUCAGUUCAUGUUAAGCCAAUGCGUUGUCGUUCAUGUAUUUGUGAAAGUGCACAGACGAACAUCAGUGGCUUGGAAAAGGUUUAAUAAAAGUAUUUGCAGCAUACUUCAAUACUAAAUGACCAUGUAUUCAAAUUGUAUUUAAAAAAAACAAAAAAACAAAUAUGAAUACAAAAUACUUUGAUACUACAGUGUGACAAGUAUUUGUUAAUUAAAAACAGCCAACCAAUUAAUUCUUUUGAAUAUGUACAAUCCCGCAUAUAAAACUGUUCAAAAAAACUAGACCAGCCUAAUUCUUUGGUUUAAUCACACGAUCCGACAGAGGCAUCGUUGAAGACAUCCAAAAUGCAGGAGUCACGUCAGCAAAACGUUUGUAUCCUUUCGCACUGCGCUCCAAAGCGGGAACGCGGACUUUCUCCAGUUCACGUUGAAGCUGUAAACAUGUUUAUUUACAUUAAAUAACAAGCGCAAAGCCCCCCGAAAACGCCCGCACUUAGCUUAGCUCCGUUGCGCCGACCUGCAAGUUGACGACAGGCUCGAAAUGAGAUCACGGGGAACCCUCCUGUUAUGUCGUGAGUCAAAAUGAUCUUAUUUGAAAUCUAAAGAUCGAGAAAAAAAUAUAUUUAAAAUACAAAAAGAUCAUCCCAAUAAAAUGU